CUGGGGCAGCGUCGCCUCCCGCCUCCUCGCCUCCAACACCGCCAAGCUGCCCUCCUUCCACGAUGAAGUGAGAAUGUGGGUGUUUGAAGAAACAUUGCCAACAGGCGAGAAGCUAUCUGAGUCCAUUAACCAAGCACAUGAGAACUGCAAGUACCUACCUGGUAUUAAGCUUGGAACCAAUGUUAUUGCUGACCCCGACUUAGAGAGUGCAGUCAAAGACGCCGAUAUGCUGGUUUUUGUGACUCCCCAUCAAUUUGUGGAGGGUAUAUGUAAGAAGCUUGUGGGCAAACUAAGACCAGGAGUUGAGGCUAUAUCCCUCAUCAAGGGCAUGGAGGUCAAGAUGGAAGGACCAUGCAUGAUAUCAAAACUAAUUACCGAUACACUUGGAAUCAACUGUUGUGUCCUCAUGGGUGCUAACAUUGCAAAUGAGAUCGCUGUUGAGAAGUUCAGUGAAGCAACAAUUGGAUAUAGGGAAGAUAAAGAAGCAGCAAACCGAUGGGCUAAACUUUUCACCACUCCUUACUUCCUAGUUGCUAUUGUGGAAGAUAUUGAGGGAGUUGAACUAUGUGGGACACUGAAAAAUGUUGUGGCGAUUGCUGCAGGUCUUGUUGAUGGCUUGGAUAUGGGAAACAACACCAAGGCUGCAAUAAUGCGGAUUGGUUUGCGGGAAAUGCGUGCUUUCUCUAAACUUCUGUUCCCUUCAGUCAGAGACAACACUUUCUUUGAGAGCUGUGGUGUGGCUGACCUUAUAACUACAUGCCUUGGUGGGAGAAACAGGAGAGUGGCAGAAGCCUUUGCAAGAAAUGGCGGCAAAAGGUCUUUUGAUGAGCUAGAGGCAGAAAUGUUGCAUGGGCAAAAACUGCAGGGGGUAUCCACUGCAAGAGAAGUCUAUGAAGUAUUGACUUAUCAUGGGUGGCAGGAACUGUUUCCGCUUUUAUCAACUGUACAUGAGAUCUGUAUCGGACAACUGCCUCCUACAUCAAUAGUUGAAUACAGUGAGCAUACGCCCAACCUCUCCUUCGUCGGUGGUUCUACUCCAUGUUACUGAGCUACAUACUGAAAUCUGUAUUGCUGCCUGAGUUCUCAUUAUAACGAAACAAGGCGGGGUAUACUGAGUGUAACCUAUCAAAGUGCAUGACCCUAUGAGUCAAUGCUUCUAUGUGUAGUUGGUUGAAACUGCUGUUUGUGAACCUUACCCAGGAAUCAGUUAAUUCCAUGGUGUUUCACAAGAUGAUACUUAAAUGAGAAAGAACACCAAAGGUUGUACCUCGUGUUAAUGUUUAAUUAGAGUAUAUACCUGCACUUCAAAUUGCUUGAAAAUCAGUAAUUAAUGA